GAGGCGACCCGCUUCUCUGCCUCUCCCCGAACAAGCGCUCACCCAAAUGACAGCCGCCUUCCGCAAGCCCCCCGGACUCUCCCUGCAUCCAGUGAUGUCCUUUCUCCUCUUCACGGCCCUGUCUUCACUUCUCGUGCGAGAUGCUGAGGCGUGGGGCGCCAAUGUCAAGUACGCGGUGAACUGCCCCGACAGAUGCAACGCGGAGCGCUGCGGCGGGACACAGCGGUGCGCACGGACGGUCCUGGACGACUGCGGCUGUUGCCAGGUCUGUGCCGCCGGCAGAGGGGAGCACUGUUACCGCACGGUGUCGGGGAUGCACGGGGCGAAGUGCGGACCAGGAUUAUUCUGCGAGUUCUACAAAGACGAAGACGACUAUGGUGACGAAUACGGAAUUUGCAAAGACUGUAUGUAUGGAACCUAUGGGAUUGAGUGCCGCAAGACAUGCAACUGCAAAGGGGGCAUUUGUGACAGGGAGACAGGAACUUGUCUCAAAUUCUUUGCCAAAAUCGCCAGCAAGCUCAAGACUGAGCCACAAGCAGGGGGAGAGGUGGGCUCAGGAGAGGUCAGCAAUACCCAGAACACAGAUCAACACAGAGACGGAUCCACUGCUCCAAAGCGGCUCAGCCCUCGCUGACAAGUGCUGACAAGACUGAAUCUAUUCAGUGUAAAUGUAGCAUUAACUUAUAAAUGAGCUGAAAGAUAUAUUUUAUUAUGUUAAAUGAUAAAAAAGACUUUUUUACAGCAUUUUGAAGUUUUUAUUUGGUUUAUUAGGUCCUUGUUUGACACCAUCAUCUUUUCUAAUGAAAUAUUCAGACUAUGUAAUUAUCUUUUAAAGUCUCUAUGUCUCUUUUAUUGUUCUUUAUUUGUAUGUAGAGUAAAUUAACUAAAAUUAUCCACUUCCCAUUAGCUUCAGUGUAGAUCUGAUUCUCUCAUUUAGUGUGCCUUCGUACAUUAUUGUUGAAGAAGUGAGAGUCAAUGUCACGAGAAAGGGCAAUGCGUUUAUUUUCAAACUGGAUAAAGCAAUGUUUUGAAGUUCUCCAUGGUGAUAUUUUAUUUGUACUGUAUAUACGGGAAAUAUGUA